CCUUUCAGUGCCAUUAUGUCUUUUCUGGUCCAGGUGUGGAAAAGGGAAGUUGGAAGAUGGAGAUGGAAUCAACCUGAAUGAUAUCGAGAAGGUCCUCCCGGCCUGGCAGGGCUACCACCCAAUGCCCCACGAAGUGGAGAUCGCACACACAAAGAAGUUGUUCCGAAGGAGAAGAAACGAUCGAAGACGGCAGCAGAGACCCCCAGGAGGGAACAAACCCCAGCAGCAUGGUGACCACCAGCCGGGCAGUGCCAAACACAACAGGGACCACCAGAAAUCCUACCAGGGGGGCUCGGUGCCCCACCCCUCAGGGAGGGCCACUCAUCACGGCUACAGCCAGAACCGGCGCUGGCACCACAGCAACAUGAAGCAUCCACCUGGCGACAAGGGGGAGGCAGGCGCCCACCGCAAUGCUAAAGAGACCGUGGCCAUGGAGAGCCCCAAACUCGAGGAUGCCCUGGGGGACACCGGGCACAGCAGCCUCGAGCGCUCCUGCAGCCCCGAUGCCCUGGCCCCAGCGGUUUCCGAGAGGCUGCCCCUGCUGCCGCCAGGGGUUCUGGAAGCCGAGACAAAGCGUAAAGACAGUGUUAUUCCCGAGCGCAGCGGGGAGCGGCCCAAAAUUACCCUGCUCCAGUCUUCCAAAGACAGGCUGCGGCGAAGGCUGAAAGAAAAGGAUGAAGUGGCCGAGGAGACCACCAACCCUCAGCAGAACAAGAUGGACAAGUUGAUUGAGAUCCUGAACAGCAUGCGGAACAACAGCAGCGACGUGGAUGCCAAGCUCACCACCUUCAUGGAGGAGGCCCAGAACUCGACCAACUCCGAGGAGAUGCUGGGGGAGAUCGUCCGCACCAUCUACCAGAAGGCUGUGUCCGACCGCAGCUUCGCCUUCACUGCGGCCAAGCUCUGCGACAAGAUGGCGCUCUUCAUGGUGGAGGGGACCAAGUUCCGGAGCCUGCUCCUCAACAUGCUUCAGAAGGACUUCACGGUGCGGGAGGAGCUGCAGCAGCAGGACGUGGAGCGCUGGCUGGGCUUCAUCACCUUCCUGUGCGAGGUGUUCGGCACCAUGCGCAGCAGCACGGGCGAGCCCUUCCGCGUGCUCGUCUGCCCCAUCUACACCUGCCUCAGGGAGCUCUUGCAAUCUCAGGAUGUGAAGGAAGAUGCCGUCCUGUGCUGCUCAAUGGAGCUGCAGAGCACAGGACGGCUGCUGGAGGAGCAGUUGCCUGAGAUGAUGGCCGAGCUCCUGGCCAGUGCCCGUGACAAGAUGCUGUGCCCCUCGGAGUCGAUGCUGACACGGUCCCUGCUCCUGGAGGUCAUCGAGCUCCACGCCAACAGCUGGAACCCUCUGACGCCCCCCAUCACGCAGUACUACAACAGAACCAUCCAGAAACUGACAGCCUGACAGCCAGGGUGCCUGGCGGGCGGCCCACGGGCAGCUGGGGCCCUGGUGCACAGGGCCAGAUGGACAGGCGGGAGGACAGGGGUGGCCCUGGUGGGAGAAAGAAAUGGGGAGGAAGGCGAGCAGAGCCGGCGGCCAGUCUGGAGCCAGACUGG